UUACUGUACAAAUCUCAGUGGCACACCAUAAACAUCUAAUCUGGGACAAGAAGUAAGGGUAACAUAUGUACAUAUGUUAUGUUAUGUGAUAUAUUUCUCUCGUUUUGUGAAUUAUGAGUAGAUAGAAUUUUAAGUAAAUACUGAUUCUGAAUGGGGUAAAAUAUUGGUAAUAUGUUCUGAAAUGUCAAUGAAGCACUAAAAAAUAUUUGAACAAUUAUGAAGCUGUUUUGUUUAGAUCAUUCUAAAUGUAUAACAUUAUUUGUGAGAUUUAAAAUAUUGUCUAUUUCCUUUGCAUUCUGUAGAUUAUCUACCUGUAAACUCAGUAAACACUCAUGCGAGUAUCUGCAGUCAGUUUUACAGUCAGAAAAAUCCUCACUGAUAGAGCUGGACCUCACUAACAACAACCUGGAGGAUUCAGGAAUGGAGAAACUCUCUGCUGGACUGAAGAGUUCACAUUGUAAACUGGAGAUACUCAGACUAGCUUUGUGUAAUCUUGGGGAACAGUCCUGUGAGAGUCUGGGAUUAAUUUUAAAACUGGAAACCUCCUCCCUGAAAGUGCUGGAUCUCAGCAAUAAUGACCUGCAGGAUUCAGGAGUGGAGAAACUCUGUUCUGAACUGAAGAGUUCACACUGUAAACUGGAGAUACUCAGGUUAUCUGGUUGUAUGAUCACAGAGAAAGGAUGUUCAUCUCUGGCGUCAUCUUUGAGUUCAAACUUGAAAGAAAUAGAUCUGACCUACAAUAACCCAGAAGGGUCUGGAGUGAAGGAGCUCUCUGCUAAACUGGAGGAUCCACACUGCAAUCUCAGCACACUCAGAGUGGAGCAUGGAGGGAAUAUCAGAAUGAAAACAGGACUAAAGAAAUACGGCUGUGAUCUCACACUGGAUCCAAACACAGCGCACAGAUCUCUCUCUCUGAGUGAAGAGAACAGGAGGGUGAAGUGGAGAGGAAAGAGGCAGUCGUAUCCUGAUCAUCCAGAGAGAUUUGAUAGGUGGUAUCAGGUUCUGAGUAGAGAGAGAGUUACUGGACGCUGUUACUGGGAGGCUGAGUGGAGCGGAGGAGAACCUGAUGUAGCUCUGAGUUAUAAAACCAUCAGCAGGAAAGGAGGAGGUUCAGACUCUCAGUUUGGAGGGAAUGAAAAGUCCUGGAGUCUGAGGAUCUUUAAUAAAAGAUACUCUGUUCAUCACAAUAAUAACAGAACUGCUCUCCCUCCUCCUCCCUCUCCCUCUAACAGAGUAGGAGUGUAUGUGGACUGUCCCGCCGGCACUCUGUCCUUCUACACCAUCUCCUCUCAUACACACACACCCUCCUCACACACACCCUCCUCACACACACCCUUACACACACACUCCUCACACACACCCACACACACACCCUCCUCACACACACCUUCACACACCCAAACACUCACACACCUACACACAUUCUACACCACAUUCACUGAACCGCUCUAUGCUGGGUUUUUGGUUUAUUAUGGCUCCUCAGUGCGUCUGUGUGAUAUAGAAUAGUGUGUGUGUGUGUUUGAGAGAGAGAUGGAUUGUGAGUGAGGGUGUUUGUGUAAAAGUGUGUAUGUGCUUUUGUGUGAUUGUGUGUGCAUUUUAAGAGAGUGUGUGUGUGUGAGAGAGUGUGUGUUUUUGAUUGUGUGUGUGUGCAAAUGAGUGUGCACUUAUCGAAUCUUCAUCAUAAUAAUCUACAAUUAAAUUGUUUAUGUAAAUAUAUUGUUUAUGAUUGUAAGUUUAUUGUUUAUUAUUGGUAAUUAAAUCAUUAUGAUUGUAAAUAUAUUGUUUAUGAUUGUGAGAUUAUUGUUAAUUAUUAGUAAUUAAAUCUUUAUGAGUAUAAAUAUAUUGUUUAUGAUUGGGAGUUUAUUGUUUAUUAUUGGUAAUUAAAUCAUUAUAAUUGUAAAUAUAUUGUUUAUGAUUGUGAGUUUAUUGUUUAUUAUUGGUAAUUAAUAGUUAUGCUUGUAAAUAUAUUGUUUAUGAUUGUGAGUUAAUCGUUUAGGAACAGUAAAUAUUAUAAAUAUAAAUAGGACAGAUAUCAGUGAACAGAAGCUCUGAAGAUCUCAGUGAUUUUUAAGCUUCAUCACAGAAAUCUGUUAUAUGAAAUGAUUAUGAGCGUCCUGUAUCUGAUAUCUGAGAAUAUUCUGUACAGAAU